AGUUUUUGUCUCUCAGUGAAACAAGUGGCUUUCUCAGCCUCUCUGAUGGACUCAGGCUAUGGAGAUGUUGGACCUUUUAAUGCAAAAACAACUCUGGUCUUCAGACGUGUUGUUACUAAUAUUGGAAAUGCCUACAACCCAAAUACAGGUUUUUUCAUCGCACCUGUGAGAGGAGUCUAUCACUUUGUGUUCCACAUACAUGGACAUGGACAUGCUUCACAUCCUACAGGAGCCGUGUUGUUUAAGAAUGGAGAAAUGACCUUCGUUGCAUACGAGCAGCAGCCUUCCCAUUUUGCAAGCAGUGCCAACAGUAUCACACUGCUGUUGGAGGUUGGAGAUGUUGUGUUUCUGCGUCAGAGGGAAAAUACAAGGAUUUAUGACAGUGACAGCCAUUACACCACCUUCAGUGGUCACCUGAUUUUCACCAUGUGAGCAACAGAUGUUAGAAAAUCAGAUGUUUUAUUCGAUCAUUUAACACAUUCAGCUAAUUUAUACAUAUUCAUCAUUUACCCCCCCCCCCAGCAUAGACAUGAACAGUCAUUUUUCUGAUGAGCUAGUUUGUUUGAUCUAAACCAGACAAAUUAGCAGCAAAUCAAAUCAGCUCAACUUGCCUAAUUUAUUUCUUUUUACCUUGCAAAGAUUUUAUUUAGCUCCAUAGAAACUGAUCGUCAUAUACUGCUCAAUUCAUAGAAAUGAACAUGUUUUAUACGUGUGAAUGACUUACUGUAUGUGCUUGUUUUUAUGUUUUAAAGCACAAAGUAAAAUCCUCAUUUAUGUAAACUACAUUUGUAACAAAUAGUGAUGUGUCGGUCACGAACGAACUGGCUCUGGUGAACGACAGAAGCCGUCUCGUCAUUGGGAGUUGUCCCCCCUCCCCCUCUUGUCUUGGUGAAAGCCACAGGCGUGGUCAACAUGUGCAACUGCAUGUCCAGACUGUCCACACACAGAUCAGUAGGGGCGGGGAAGAGGGAGGAUCAGACUCAGACACACAACAGAGCACAUACGGGUGAAGGAAGAUGAGAGGGAUUGAGGAGGAAAAAGGCGAGCGAGAGAGAGGAGAGUGUGACGAAGACGGCGAGAAAAUGAGCGACAGCAGUCGGAAAGUUGAGAUUUCUUAGUGUUCAGCUAAAAAAUCCAUAUAAAUGAUAAAUAUUUGGUAUAUUGCAUUUUUUUAUAUUAAUAAAUCAUUUUACAUAUAGUUUUGCAUGAAUUUUGGUGACAAAUAUACUUUACGCAACAGAAAAUCUGAGGAGCCACUUGGUAGCUGAAAGAGCCGGCUCUUUUUGGUGAGCUGAGCCAAAAUAAACGGCUCUCUAAAAAGAGCCGGAAUUCCCAUCACCAGGAACAAAACUGAAUACAGCCUAAACCCCUUCUGUUUAACUAGUUUGGAAUUAUUUGUAGGUGUGGCGCUGGAAUUUCAGCCGUAGUGCAGUGCCACACCUGGGAAACACCGACUACUUUAUGAAACAGCUCGACGUCACUACGGUCCCAUUACUCGGAAUGGAACCCUUUCUCACAGUGCAAAAUUAACACUGUAACGGAAUGAAAUGACUGUUUUCCACCUAAAAGUCAUUUUCCCCCUCUCCUCAGCAAGAACUAAUCUGCAUGAGAUAUUGCCUCAAGGUCUCAUGCAUUUGCUUCUAAACUGAUUUCCUUUCCAGCCCAAGAGAAGAAUGAAGACAAAGGACUCUUCCUUUUUAAUAAAUCAAAGAACUCUAUUUUUAAUAAGCUAAUUAAACAAAGUGUUAGUCAAUAACAAAAUGUGAACCAAUUUGUGAAAUGAAAAUAUUAAUUACUUUAUUAUAAUCCUACAUAAUAUAAUAAGUAAUACAACUUUAAAUGUUUCCAUUAGAGACUGAUCACAUGUAGCGUUAAGACCUGGCACAUUGCUUUUACUGAUCCAAUCAGAAUCUGCCAGAUCUGACGGAGGCGUGGUUUUGGUGAUGCUUAGUAAAUCAGUCAUCUUUUCAUUUGACCAUAAACCAAAACAUCCGAAGUAUAAAACUAUGCCCACAUCAUCUUUAACGCAGUUCAAAGCGUUCUAGAGACAUUGACGGAGUGGCCAAUCCGUAAUUUUUCCUUUUCAGCCGAAAGAACCAACGACAAGCUGGAUAAAAUCUGUUGCAUUUUACCAACCAAGCAACGGUUCCUUUCAGAAUAAAAGCUGAACUCAUUGACCCUCCGGGUCCAUCUGACACAGUUAGCCAACUGUCGCUUUUUACCUGGAGACAAUCCAAAGACUAGUCUGUCGUACUGCUGAUGCUGUUUCAUUGGCUCCGGUACCGAAAGAGAGGUUCGAGGACCUGGCAGUCUGGAUCUGUUCGGAGGUCUCAUUCUAAGGGUAUGUGUGGAGCAACAAAAAUGGCGUCUUAUGUGUUUAUGAAUCUCCGAAUCAAAGCUUAGCGCGAAGACAUCACCUUCACUCCCAUCGGAACUAAUCGUUUCUCCGGAUUUGCUGGUUCUGAACAACAUUCCACACUACACCAUUCUCCAUACCAAAGUACCAAAGAUCCAUAAGAUUGAUUUCAUAUUUUCUAUGGAAUCUCAUAUCUCAUGGUUCAUUAAAUAACAUGUAAAUUAACCCUUUAGAAGACCAACCCAAAAUAACACCCAGCAACUAACUACAACAUCCAACAAAACCCAACCCUAGCAGUAAACCCCCCCAAAAACACAUGAAAACACACCAAAAUAGAAAUAAUCAACUGAAAACCGGCUACUCUCAAUGCACCUUGCCCAUGGAUGGUGAACAUGCGCAUUGGCCUUUGUUUGGGCAGGCAGCUCAUGUGGCUAUCAUGUUGGGCAAUAAGGUAACUCAAUGGUUUUGUGUAGAAACAGAAAUUAACAGUAUUACAUUACAGUUGCUCAAGCACAUUAGCAAUCUUUGCAAAAUCAAGUUUAUUAAGUAGAUACAACAAAAUGAACUUUAUUAAAAGCAGCAAUAGGCAAAGUUUGUUUUUUGGGUGUAGGUGUCACGUCUCUUGUCUCCUGCAUCCCUUCUUGUCUCCUUCCCUGGCUGUGUCAUUUAGAUUCAUUCUAGUUCUUGUCUCUUUCAUUUCUUAAAUAUCCAGUUUUCAGACAAUAUUAGACAGGCAUCUUCUCUGGUCGUUUUUAAGUCUCUCCUCAAGACUCACUGUUAUUCACUGGCUUUUAACACUGACUGAUUAUUCUUAUACACUCCUGUUUUUAAGCAGUGUUGAGUUUAAUUUCUUUUACAAUGUUUUUGUAUGUUUUAAUAUAUUAUCCAUGUUUUUAUUGUUUUUAGUUAUGUCGCUAUGUUUUUAUCUGUGUGUGAAGCACUUUGGUCGAAAGUGCUACACAAAUAAAGGUGGAUUGGAUUGGA